CCUCCAGGUGAGGCCCAGUUGGAGGCUGCAGGGGCGGAGCUCAGGGCCUGCUCGGAGUUCAAGUUCAAGGGUUCAGGGCUGAGCCUGACCUCUCCUCUGCCUGGGGAGAUGAUUCUCUUCCUCUGAUCCCUGCUGCUGUGAGCUGGAAUUUGGAGUUUGACCCGCAAGGAGGCUCUCCACUGUAGGCGGUGCAGGAGAGGGCGGCCACUGUCCUCUCAAUCUGGCUGUGUGGGGGGAGGAGCCCAGGUGUCCCGCUUCUUGCAGCCGCCUUCUGCCUCAGAAGCCAGGGACGGGGGCCCCCCUGGGCAGGCCAGGUGAGCCCUGCAUCCAGAGGAAGGAUUGAGCGUUUGCUCAGGACCAUGGAGAGCAGCUCCAGCAGCCCUCUGCCCACCCAGUCAGAGCCCCUGGAGGCUUUUCCCCAGAGGAACCUGGAGCCAGGUGACAUCGCUGUGCUGGUUCUGUACUUCCUCUUUGUCCUGGCUGUGGGACUGUGGUCCACAGUGAAGACCAAGAGAGACACAGUGAAAGGCUACUUCCUAGCUGGAGGGGACAUGGUGUGGUGGCCAGUGGGUGCAUCCUUGUUUGCCAGCAAUGUGGGAAGUGGACAUUUUGUUGGCCUGGCAGGGUCAGGUGCUGCUGUGGGCCUUUCUGUCACUGCUUACGAAUUGAAUGGCCUGUUCUCUGUGUUGAUGUUGGCCUGGAUCUUCCUCCCCAUCUACAUCGCUGGUCAGGUCCCCAGGAUGCCAGAAUACCUAAGGAAACGCUUCGGCGGCAGGAUCCCCCUCACCCUGGCUGCGCUCUACCUGCUCAUUUACACCUUCCCCAAGAUCUCGGUAAUACAGCCCCUGGCAGUAAAUCUCCUGAGGCAGGUCUUGAACUUGCUUCCCAGGGUAACUUCUCUCCACCACGGUACCCAUUCCUCACCUCAGUGCUUACCUCCCCCCCACCCAGGUGGCCUGGCCGCUGUGAUCUACACGGACGCCCUGCAGACGCUGAUCAUGCUUAUAGGAGCGCUCAUCCUGAUGGGCUACAGUUUUGCCGCAGUUGGCGGGAUGGAAGGCCUGGAGGAGAAGUACUUCCUGGCCGUGGCUAGCAACCGGAGUGAGAACAACAGUUGCGGGCUGCCCCGAGAAGAUGCCUUCCAUAUUUUCCGAGACCCCGUGACAUCUGAUCUCCCGUGGCCUGGGAUCCUACUUGGAAUGUCCGUGCCGUCCCUGUGGUACUGGUGCACGGAUCAGGUGAUCGUUCAGCGGUCUCUGGCUGCCAAGAACCUGUCCCAUGCCAAAGGAGGCUCUCUGAUGGCCGCCUACCUGAAAGUGCUGCCUCUUUUCAUGAUGGUGUUCCCAGGAAUGGUCAGUCGUGUCCUCUUCCCAGAUGAAGUGGCUUGUGCAGAUCCAGAAACCUGCCUGAAGGUCUGUAGCAACCCCUCUGGCUGCUCUGACAUCGCGUAUCCCAAACUGGUGCUGGAACUCCUGCCCACAGGGCUCCGUGGGCUCAUGAUGGCUGUGAUGGUGGCGGCGCUCAUGUCCUCCCUCACCUCCAUCUUUAAUAGUGCCAGCACCAUCUUCACCAUGGACCUCUGGAACUACAUGCGGCCUCGGGCAUCAGAGAAGGAGCUCAUGAUUGUUGGCAGGGCAUUUGCGUUGCUGCUGGUGCUAGUCUCCAUCCUCUGGAUCCCCGUGGUCCAGGCAAGCCAGGGGGGCCAGCUCUUCAUUUACAUCCAGUCCAUCAGCUCCUACCUGCAGCCGCCCGUGGCCGUGGUCUUCAUCAUGGGAUGUUUCUGGAAACGGACCAAUGAAAAGGGGGCCUUCUCAGGUCUGAUCUUGGGCCUUCUCCUAGGCUUGAUUCGGCUGAUCCUGGACUUCAUUUACCCGCAGCCUCGGUGUGACCAGCCAGAUGACCGCCCUGGCGUGGUCAAGGAUGUCCACUACCUCUAUUUCUCCAUGAUUCUGUCUGCAGUGACUCUGAUCACCGUGUCCAUUGUGAGCUGGUUCACGGAGUUGCCCUCCAAGGAGAUGGUAAGCCGCCUGACCUGGUUUACUCGUCAUGACCCCAUGGUCCGGAAGGAACAGGUCCCACCAGCAACUCCCCGGCCUCCGACCGUCUCUCAGAACGGGACACCAGAGGCCGGCAUCACCGACAUCCAGCUGGAGAUUGUUCAAGAAAACAUAUCCAACCCCGACCGCUGUGACACGAUCCCAAAGCGGUCCAAAGUGAAGCGAGCCGUCUUGUGGCUCUGCGGAAUGGAGAGCGUGGGCAAGGAGGCCCCGAGCAAAGUGGAACCCGUCAUAGUUUCCUUGGAAGAAAACCCCCUCGUGAAAACCCUUCUGGACAUCAACCUCAUCACCUGCGUUAGCUGUGCCUUCUUCCUCUGGGGCUACUUUGCGCAACAUGGGGGUGAACCCAGGGGUCCAGGCUGUUGCCUGUGCCCUGUUUUUGUGAUGAAAGGAGAUAAAUAAUAAAGCGUUGUUUGUUUAC